GACUGAGAUCAUACCUGCAUCAAGGUAAGAUGAGAAUUGUAUUCCUCAGCCUGGUAUGUGGGUUGGUACUAUGUGCAGUAACAGUUCACUCACAAAAUUUUAUGCCCGGUAACUACAUGACCAGGGGCUCCUUUUAUCCAUCGUAUCAAUCAAGCUACCCAUCGUAUCAAUCAAACUACCCAUCGUAUCAGUCAACCUUCCCAUCGUAUCAGUCAACUUUCCCAUCGUACCAGUCAACCUUCCCAUCUUACGGAUCCAGGUUCACGAAUUACAGAAAUGAUGACAACAGGCCUGAUUACAACUCAUGGGACAGUCCCGACACCAAUAGUUAUGGAAUGAACCCAUAUGGUGGCUAUUACAGACACGACUGAGCUUUACCUUCUCAUAUCCUGUGAUGACGUCAGAUAUAUGAGCAGGUGUCGUCGUAGGUUAUUGAAUGACGUCACAGCAUACAUAUUAUAAGAAGAAGUAUCUUUAGAACCUAAAGAGAAAAAAUGUAUUCUCCACCCUCAUGAUCUUUACAGGUUCCAACCAAAAACGAAAUAACAAUCAUUUUCUAUUGUGUGAAAUAAACAUACUUAAAUCUUAAUGAUGAUCAUCCUCGAUAUCCAGUGGUUACGCUUACUUUCGCUCUCUACACCCCUGGAAUA